AUGGCUUCUCGGUGUCGGAAAUGUGGACAACAGGUGCCCAGGAAUCCACCUUUCACUGCUGUCCGGAUAACAGAAGGAGAAAUGAAAUCUUAUCAUGAUUUCAUAGGAGGAUGCAUUAGACUGGAGCGCAUGGCAAAGAAAGAUGAGAUCAUGCAGCAGGAGAUACGGCCGCUGGUUGCAGUGGAUAUCAUAGAGCAGCUCCACAGGCAAUUUGCUAUCUUGUCAGGAGGAAGAGGGAAGGAUGGGGCACCCAUUAUAACCUUUCCAGAAUUUGCAGGAUUCAGUGACAUACCUGAUGAAGAUUUCCUGAAUGUGGUCACAUAUCUAACCAGCAUUCCCAGUCUGGAGGCUGCCAGCAUUGGAUUCAUCAUCAUCAUAGACAGACGACGGGACAAAUGGAGCGCAGUCAAGGCAUCCCUGACACGGAUAGCAGUAACAUUUCCAGGAAACCUGCAGCUGGUGUUUGUCCUGCGACCCUCCCGCUUUAUCCAAAGGACAAUCGCUGACAUUGGCAUUAAACUCUAUCGAGAUGACUUUAAAAUGAAGGUACCGAUCAUCAUGUUAAAUUCUGUCUCUGAUCUGCAUGGCUAUAUCGACAAAAGUCAGCUGACCCGGGAGCUGGGAGGAACCCUGGAGUACGGCCACAGUCAGUGGAUACAUCACCGAACUGCUAUUGAAAACUUUGCAAUGACAGUGAAAACAACAGCACAGAUGCUACAGACCUUUGGAACAGACCUAGCAGAGACUGAACUUCCCAACGAUGUGCAGUGCACGGAGGAGCUCCUCUCUGCACACACCGACCACCAUAGCAAGCUGAAGGAUGAGCUGAAACUAGCUGUGAAGCAGGGGGCCACCCUACUGACAUGCAUUAGGGAGCCAGUCACCCGAAGCGCCAACAGCAAACUCAGUCCAGAUGAACUGGAAAAUGUGGCCACAGUAGAAAGGUUGUUGGCUCAGCUGGAUGAAACAGAAAAGGCUUUUGAUCAAUUUUGGACCAAGCAUCACCUAAAACUAGAACAAUGCCUGCAGCUUCGACACUUUGAACAUGAUUUUAGAGAGGUAAAACUGACAUUGGAUAAUCUCAUGGAAGCACAAGCAGGUUUUGCUGAUAUUGGAGACAGUGUGACUCGAGUGGAGCACCUCCUAAGGGAACAGAAACAACUUGAAGAGAAAGGACAG